UUCCCGGCGUUGUGAGUGUGGACGGGGAGGAGGGCUCGGCCGGCGUCCGGACCCGAGUCCGGGGCCAUCACGGCCCGCUGCGGCGCCGGCUGAUGACGUCGGGACGGGUGCCCAGAAGGCGAGGCGCGGGCGGCGGGCGGCCUGGCCACCAUGAACAGUGUGGGCUCUGAGUGCCUGGAGCUGAAGCGCGGCUACGACCUGUGCUUCAACCGCUGGUUCGCCGAGAAGUUCCUGAAGGGAGAGCGCAGUGCGGACCCGUGCAGCGAGCUCUUUAAGCAGUACCAGGAAUGCGUGAAGAAAGCCAUCAAAGAAAAGGAAAUCCCAAUUGAAGGACUGGAAUUCAUGGGGCCCAGACAGGAAAAGCCCUUUGGAAGUGGUGGUUCAUCAUAAUGAACACUGACACGGGAUUGUUGCCUCCGUUAAUGUGUGAACUCUACAAGCCAUUUGUACAUCUCGGUGUGGGGAACCUCACAACAGUGGACACAGGGAGCAGAGUAUACAAUGCUGUUCGACUCUGGUUAAUUAAAUUCUGGAACUAUAGUUGUGAAUCACUUGCAAAGUGAUCAUGAUUUAAAGUUG